AUGACCGCCUCCGGCCUGCUUGAUCGCCUCAACCGAGACGGCUUCGUCGUCAUCCCUUCAAUCCUCACCGAAGACCAACUCAAAGACCUCCGAAGUGCCACUCAAAACGCUACAGCACUGGCCCGCGCCGGAAAAUGGCCAAACGUGCGGACGCUGCCCAAGCAGUUCCCGCCGUGGCCGGUCGCCACCCCGGAAGCGCCCCCGGACGGCAUCUGGGGCGUCCAGGGGAUGAUGCACCCCGACAUGCCCAAUAACGCCGCCUUCAUCAAGACGUACUUUUCGGAUGCCGUGAUUGAGCCUACGAAACAGCUGCUGCAGUGCACCGAUGACGAUCUUGUCAUGGAGCUGUUCAAUUUGCUCAUACGGCCUGAUGAGGACUUUGAGCUGCGGUGGCAUAGAGAUGAUAUCCCCGCUACUGCUACCGCCGAAGAGGAGCUCGAUCGGCUCAAUAAGCCGGCUUAUUCGGCGCAGUGGAACCUGGCUCUCUACGAUGACAACAGUCUCAUCGUCGUCCCAGGCUCGCAUACCAGAGCCAGGACAGACAUUGAGCGCAACGCUGAUCCUUAUGAGAAGGAGAUCCCUGAGCAACUAUACGUGGAACUCAAGGCAGGCGACAUUGUCUUUUACAACAACAAUAUCCUUCACCGCGGCGCAUACGUUGCGAAUAAAGAACGCAUGACACUGCAUGGGAGCGCGGGACAUGUCAACGGGAGCACCCUCCGAGCCCGCAAUGUAUUGCAACAUGGGCUCAAGGGCUGGGUGGAUAAGGUUGAUUUGGGCGUGUUGGAUGAGAAGGAGAGGGCGAGGGCUGAGAACAUGCGGAGAAUGCUGGUUAAGCUGGGCGAGGAAGCGGGGGAAGUGGGAUAUUCACUCGAGGGGUAG